CAACGAUCUCAGCUCGUGCACUCGACAGCAACAACAACCAGAACACAAUGGGAAAAGCAAAGGUCACGCGCAAGUUUGCCGCCGUCAAGCGCAUGCUCAAGCCGAGCGACCCGCGGUUGAAGGAGAACAUUGAGAAGGCGGCCAAGGUCGAGCAGAAGAAGAAGCAGCUGGAAGAGAAGAAGCAGGUUGCCCAGGUCUCGAGCUCCCUCUUCCUCUCGCACAACACGGACCUCGGGCCGCCGUACCGCGUGCUCGUCGACACCAACUUUAUCAACUUUUCCAUCCAGAACAAGAUUGAGCUGGUGCAGGGCAUGAUGGAUUGCCUGAUGGCCAAGUGCAUCCCCACCAUCUCGGACUGCGUGCUCGCCGAGCUCGAGAAGCUGGGGCCAAAGUACCGUCUUGCGCUCAAGAUCGCAAAGGACCCGCGCUUCGACCGCGUCCACUGUGACCACAAGGGAACGUAUGCCGACGACUGCCUCGUCGAGCGUGUCUCCGCGCACAAGUGCUACAUUGUCGCUACUUGCGAUCGCGACCUCCGCCGCAGGAUACGCAAGGUGCCCGGCGUGCCGCUCAUGUACGUCGUCAAGCACCGCUACCAGAUCGAGCGCCUGCCCGACGGCGGUGCGUCGUUUAUCUAGGUCUAGGCUGCAUAGAGUGGGCGUGGUCGUGUACAGGUACAAUUUCAUCAUGCAUUGUAUUACUAUACA